CUCCAAUUCUAUAUAUACACACUGCAUAAAUCUCCACAAGCAUAAUACAUAAUACCUAAGUGGUAAAUAAUGAAGAAAGAUAUGGAUUAUUCAUCAUCAGGUGAUACUGAGUCAAAUAUCCCUAAAGCCGCCGAUGACAACCUCCACCAACACCGCCAUCGCUAUUUUCGGGGCAUAACCGUGAAAAUCAUGCUGCUAUUUGUGGGCUUGGGCCUAAUUUGUUUGGGCCUCAAUCCAUCUUCAGACUCUACGGCACAGUUAUUUCAAAAGUUACAUUCAACAUCAUGGCCUAAACAAUCUGUAGCAAAUGCAAACGCGUCGUCCCAAAAUAAUGUUUCGUCCCAAAAACUAGAUUCUCAGGUAAAUUCAGAGAAGAUGAGGCUUGAGGAGACACUGAGAAAAGCAGGCAUGAAGGACAAGAAAACGGUGAUCAUUACGACCCUAAACGCGGCGUGGACUGAACCGAAUUCCAUAUUUGACCUCUUUAUCGAGUCCUUCAAAAUUGGAAACGGAACCGAAAAGCUAUUGAGACAUGUUGUGGUUGGAGCAUUGGACCAAAAGGCAUAUUCUCGUUGUUUGCAAGUGCGAUUUCUCCACUGUUAUCGCCUAACAACACAAGGCGUUGACUUCUCUGGCGAAGCUUUCUUCAUGUCGGAAGAUUAUCUGAAGUUGGUGUGGAGAAAGAUUGAUUUUCAACGCGAGGUUCUCGAGAUGGGAUUUAAUUUCGUUUUCACGGAUGCUGACGUAAUGUGGCUGAGGGACCCAUUCGAAAGGUUUUACCCAAACGUUGACUUCCAACUCUCGUGCGACCACUAUUGGUUCAACUCCACCGACCGGAACAACUCGCCCAACAGUGGCUUCAGUUACGCCCGGUCCAACAACCGAACCGUCCAAUUCUACAAAUUUUGGUACGAGAGCCGACAACGUUUUCCAGGAAAACACGACCAGGAUGUGCUCAACAUGCUCAAGUUCGACCCAUUUGUUAAGGAGAUUGGGCUUGGGAUGCGGUUCCUUGAUACGGCCCAUUUCGGUGGGUUCUGCGAGCCCAGUAAGGAUCUGGACCAUGUGGUCACUAUGCAUGCCAACUGCUGUAUUGGGAUUGGGAACAAGAUCCAUGACAUUAACAUGACCAUUAAUGACUGGAAAAAGUAUGUGUCGCUGCCCUAUGGGGAACGCAAUUUGAGCAGUAGGUCAUGGACUGUUCCAAGAAUUUGUGGAUAAAAUAAAUAUAUAGCAAGCAAAAAGAGGGCCCAAUCUUGAUUUCAGACUCCAGGUGUUGCCGACAUGAACAAUGUUAUAUUAUGUAUACGUGAGAAAAAUUAUAUGUACUGUCACUACAUAAUAAACUAGUACCGCUUAUAUACACUUACUUAUAAACAAUUACAUUUGAUGUUAGAUUUUUGAGGGAAGUUUUAAAUGAAGAUACAUCAAUGUUAC